CUCAUCGUCUUUCCCCCUUUUUCACGUCUUUGUUGCUGGGCCCGAAUGACUUCAUCUUGUUUGCGUUUGACGUAGUAUUUGAAUAUGUGUGAAUGUGGGUGUUUAGUAUUACUCUCUAACAAUCACCCCCAAUCAUCUACCACUUGCUCCUUUCCGGAGCCCCAAUCGCCUCUCUGAUCUGCUGGGCGUCCGGCACCCCUUCAGCCUCACGGCACCUCUUGCUCUCUAGUUCGGAAUUGGUCUGCCUCCACCGUUGCAGCACCCGGGCGACGAGAGCCCUCUGCUCGGGUCCCCUGGACUGUCCUAUAACAUCCAACAACCAGAGCAGGCGUUGCGUCCGCCCGAACUCGCCCCUCUUGAGCUCCCGCGUGGCCACCUUGGCGAUGGCCGUCAUCGAGCGGUUGCUGAGCGGCACCUUGUUGUUCCGGAGCCAGCUGAUGCACCUGGACAUGUCUCGAAACGUGCUCCUCUCUGACCGGUUCGUCGCGCUCGCGAACCACACCGUCAUGUUUUCCAUGAGAGCUUUCCUCCUGAUCGAGAGCUCGUGCCGUUUCGCUGCGUACCGCUUCAUCUUGCCGUCUCCGCAGUGGACUGCCCACCAAAUGUCCCGGGAUUUUACCGAUUCGUCUCUGAUCAUGGACUUGAUGUAGGGCACCCAAGCCGUCCAAUGCCACCGUGACUCGAUCUGGCUCUCCAGCUUCUUCUCGUGUGAGAGCAGGAUCGAUCUCAGCCUGAGGGCCGUCUUGUAGUCGUGACUGGCUGAAGCGACUCGCAUGAAUGGCAUGACAGGUAUCGAAUCCCUGGUUUCCGCAAAACGUUGCAUCGAGGCGAUGAGCUGGUCCUGGCGGCCGAAGCGACUCAGCAGCUUCAUGAGGUUUUUGAUUAGCCAGAUAUGUUCCCUCCUCAAAUGAUUUGGUUUAUCGUGCUCAAUUUCGCAAAUGCCGGCUACCAGGGCAGCGAGGCUCGAACUCGCAUGUCUGGACGAUUCGCGGUCCCAGAAUGCUGCGACAGCCUCGUGAUCGCCUAGGUACCCACGGCUAGUCCAUUGCUGGAGGACAAGCUGGCUGAGAUCUCGGUCGUCGUGCCAGGGUAGCUCGCGGUCAAAGUAUUUGGACCUGACGCAAGCAUCAAAGAGAUAGACGGAGUCGACCCGCGGCAUGUGUGCCAAGACCUGCAGCCAAAGGAAAUGAAGCUUUUGGCGGGCUUCCUCCUCAAAGACUGCCGAACCUUGGUAGACUGCGGUUUCGAUCCCCUCGAGAAGCGCACCGUGGUUGUCGGGUGACAAUUCGCGGAGCGCAACGCCAAUGUCCGCGGCCCGUCUGCGCCCCGUCGACUGAGACACGGCUAGUGUUUGCACUGCCGCAAUGAUGCCCUCGUGGACGUCGUUCAGGUAUGGGCGAGGGACCGCAUCGAGCGUAGCCUGGAAUAAGAGAAUCGUCGCGUCAUUGGCCCGCAGCUGAGACGUCCGAUUCAGCACAAGAUUCCAAAAGCUCGCAUCAAACUCUGACGGGCCCAAAACUUUCGAAGAUGCGAUUCCGUUGACAACGGCCGAAAGAAACAGCUCAAUGGCUGUGCUGACCGUCUCGCCGUCAGCGCUUGUCCCGCUCAAAGACUCGGGGAAUUUCGAAACAGCCAAGUCCACGGUUCUGGGAUCGAGGGCACCCAAUUUCAGUUCCUUUUGAAGGGCCUCGACAAAGUCGUAAUAACCCGAGUCGAUCGCGUUUCGUGUCGAUGCCGCAACGGCGGCUCGGGCUUGAGACAACCGAUCGUCAAAUGUGGAGGCUGGCGCAUCCUCAAUGCCGUUCCGGUCAACUUCUUCCUCCUUCAUCUGUUGUUCUGACACCGACCAUCUGUAAACACGAGAUAGCAGAGAUUGACUUUGCUGGCUCUGUAGAUCAUCCCUCUGGUCCUUUGAUGUACGAAGUGUCGGCGGUUGCCACUUCCAUUGACUCAGGUCCACCGGGAACUCAAUGGCCCAGGGUGGUAGGGUCGAGUGUCCGUCCAUGUGCAUUUCCGCCAUCCUCCUUUUGCCCAGUCUUCGUCGAUUCUCCAGCGGGCCGGGUACAGAGCUCGAUUUCCGUCUCGUGAGGCGUGAUACGUGGCAGUAGCGCUCAAAGGCGCUCGCCAACAGACCAUCCGUGAUCCAUACGUUGUCGGGCGAAGCUUGAAGCUGUUGCUGGACGGCGCGGCAGCAUCGGACGGUUGGUCGUGACGGCGGCAUUGCGGCCCGGUCGCGAAGGGAUCGAAUGGCGACGGGCGCGUAGGUAUUCAAUUGAUCUUGCUCGGACUAUAUCAUUGUCGUCCAGGUUGUGAAGCUGCUUUUGCGUGUUCAGUCGCGGGCGGAGAUUGCCAAUUGGCUCGAUUUGAUUCGACGGAGACUAUUCAGAGCUGUUUGAAGAGAAGCGAUAAAUGGGAAUUGCCAGAGAGGUCGAAAGAGCUUUGGAUUGCGGGCCCACUCAAUGGCGGAGUCAAGCCACAACGUGGCUGGUGCACCUGCCGGACCGGCUGCCUCGGCGACGUGCGCAGAGCGGCAGGAGGCACACAGGAAGCGGUGGACGGGGGUCCUGAAGCUUUGGCGGGGUUUUGCAGCGACCGAACCGCGGGGCACUUUUUGGAUGAUCCGUGGAACGGCAUCUCCAACACCCACCAUCAGCACCUUCAAUUCCCACAGCAGGCCGACAAGAUGGAGUUGACAUUUGAGCCAUUGAAGAACGACCUGCUCUUGCGCGCAGCAAGAGGCGAGACGGUCGAGCGCCCGCCAUGCUGGAUCAUGCGUCAAGCCGGCCGUUACCUCCCCGAGUACCACGAAGCCAAGGGCACCCGCGACUUCUUCGCCUGCUGCCGUGACCCCGAGGUCGCCAGCACCCUGACCCUGCAGCCGAUUGAGCGCUUCGCCGGUCUCCUCGACGCCGCCAUCAUCUUCUCCGACAUCCUCGUCGUGCCCCAGGCCCUCGGCAUGACGGUCGAGAUGGUCGACAAGAAGGGCCCCCACUUCCCCGAGCCGCUCAAGACCCCGACCGACGGGCAGUACGAAAAGGUCCUGGCCAAGAACGUCGACGUCGCCUCCGAGCUCGACUACGUCUACAAGGCAAUCACCCUCACCCGCAAGAAGCUCGCCGGCCGCGUGCCCCUCAUCGGCUUCUGCGGCGCCCCCUGGACGCUCUUCUGCUACAUGGUCGAGGGCGGCGGCACCAAGCUCUUCAUGCAGAGCAAGACGUGGAUCUACCGCUACGCCGAGGAGUCCAAGGCGCUCCUGCAAAAGAUUGCCGAGGUUUGCGUCGAGUACCUCGCGCUGCAAGUCAAGGCCGGCGCCCAGAUGAUCAUGGUCUUUGACUCAUGGGCCGGCGAGCUCGGCCCCGAGGCCUUCAAGGAGUUCAGCCAGCCGUACCUGUCUUACAUCUCCGAGAACCUCCCCAAGAAGCUCGCCGAGAUGAAUCUGGAGCGCGUCCCCAUGACCGUCUUCCCCAAGGGCGCCUGGCACGCUCUCGACUCCGUUAUUGACAUUGGUUACGACGUCAUCGGCCUCGACUGGCUCCAGGACCCCGCCGAAGCUGUCAAGAUUCGCGGCGACAGGCGUGUUACUUUCCAGGGCAACGCAGACCCUGGCGUGUUGUACGGUACCCAUGAGCGCAUGACGGAGGCUGUCGAGACCAUGGUCAAGGGCUUCUACGGUAACGGAAAGAAGGGAUGGAUUGCAAACCUCGGCCACGGCAUCACCCCGGGCGUCAACCCCGAGGAUCUCCGAUUCUACCUGUCAGAAAUUCAUCGUUUGACGAAGAACUAAACAGGCAACGAGCCGGAGGUUUGUGGACAAAAAUCAGGGAGCGGCAAGUGGUGAUUGAAAAAGUGGAUGGAUAUUCAUGUAUCAAGUCACAACGCCUACAAGGCGUAUGAAAAAGGAGUGAAGUAAAGCGACAUAGCAUCAAUCUUUAAAAGGCAUCUUCCUAGAGACGAU